AUGACUUUCCUAAUUGGGAAAUAUGCGAACAUCGUCAUUAACAAGGACAACACCCUGCUAGCCAUUAACUCUUCUGGUCCAAAAAGCGUGGGAAAGGGUUCCCCACCCAAAUGCGCACUGUGCCUGACAUCAGUCACAAUUCAGGGUCCAGGCAUAAGAAAUAUAUUUGGAGUCCAUUCCAGUGGGGAAAUAUAUUUUGGGUGUGACAUUGGACAACAAAAUAUAUUUAGUAUUCAUGGAGUUUGCAAGACUAAUAGCUCAUUCAGGUUGACCAGAGACUGGACCUGCGAACACUACAUACAAGCACCUUCAACUGCCAGCAUCCUCAUAUUUGUGGAAUUAACCAUCGCUUCUGUCACCCCAGGAUUCAAGGUGUUUGCAAGUUCAGUUCAGUCUGGUUUUUUGCCCCCAAAACGCGCAACCGUGGACCGCAACUGGUCUAGGACUGACCCAGAUAUUCAGGGAACUGAACUGAACCACCUAGGACCGGUCUUUUCGCGAUCUAUGGAGCUGGUUCAGACCGAUCCAGACCGGUUUUUUUGCGUAUAA